UGCUCCACCCCGUGUUUCGCGUGGCCAGCUCUCUUUGUCAGGAGCUCAGCUCGCGCAGUCCUGACUCUGUACUGAGAUCUCGCCGCGCGCACAAGCGACUCCUCGAUUUGCACUCUGCGUCCCGACUGCACACCAGCGCGAGAGGGGAAAACUUUCUUAAAACUUUUUUAUCGCAAUUUUCUCGCUUCUCCUCCUACAGAGCAAACGGCUUCGCGGAUCUCUUCAACCGAAGAAACUGGUUAAGAAGUACCUCACCUUUACAACACUGAACAUGUGUGCGCGUGCAUAGUGCAGAUUUGCUUGUUUUUCGUUCAAAAAAAGUCGCAACGAAGAGCGCAAAGUCUUGAGUACUUUACUGUUUGUUGUUGCUUUUGGUCUCUUUCUGUUUGUUACGCUCUGCGGGAUUGUUUCGCUCGGUGCUCUUCAGAGGCCCGGCUUUUAUUGCUCAAGAAAAGACCGAGCAGAAACGCCGCAUCCCCACAAGAGUGUUCCCCAUGAGGAAAUCAGAAGUGCAUAUCGGAGAGAUUUCGUGACUUCACUUUUUGUUUUGUUCUCUUGUAUUUUUGCUGCCGCGGCUCGGUUGCUCAAGCAGUCCGCGAUGAAGAUGAUCGCUGUAUUUACUGUAUGUAUGUCUGCGGUGGUUUUGGCGUCGGCUCAGGCUGAUCAGAAGGCAAAGAACUGCAAUGAAGUCAGGACUGCUUACAGCUCGAAAGGUUUCAACAUCAACGAUGUUCCCAACAAAGGAGUUCAUGGAAAUCAUCUGAAGGUGUGUCCUCAAGGUUUCUCCUGCUGUACUCUGGAGAUGGAGGAGAAACUGAGUCAGCAGAGCCGCACGGAUGUGAAAGCUCCCGUUCAUCAGCUCAGCUCCAACCUGCAGAACACCUUCACCCAGAGACACCGUCACUUUGACCAGUUCUUCAGAGAGCUGUUGAGCAAUGCAGAGAAAUCUCUCAAUGACAUGUUCGUGCGGACCUACGGCUUGAUGUAUGUGAAGAACGCCGAGCUCUUCGAGCAUUUCUUCAGUGAGCUACGCCACUACUACAGCCAUGGGAGCAGCGCCGUCAACCUGGACGACAUGCUAGCGGACUUCUGGACGGAGCUUCUGGAGCGCAUGUUCCGACUGGUCAAUGUGCAGUAUGAGUUCAGCAACUCGUACAUGGAGUGUGUCAGUAGGCACACAGAGCAGCUCAAACCCUUUGGCGAUGUUCCACGCAAGCUGCGCCUGCAGUUGACCCGGUCCUUCAUCGCAGUUCGCACGUUCACCCACGGCCUGGUGCUCAUGCCUGAGGUAGUGGGCAAAGUCUCCACGGUUAGUGCCUCCCCGAGUUGUGUGCGUGCGGCUAUGAAGAUGUUAUACUGCCCGUACUGUACCGGCCAGGUGGCGCUGAAGCCCUGCAAGAACUACUGUCUCAACGUCAUGCGAGGCUGCCUGGCCAAUCAAGCCGAUCUGGACACAGAGUGGAAUAACUUCCUUGAUGCCAUGUUGGGUCUCGCUGAGAGGCUGGAGGGACCCUUUAACUUUGAGUCAGUCAUGGAUCCCAUAGACGUGAAGAUCUCAGACGCCAUCAUGAACAUGCAAGAGAACAGCAUACAGGUCUCACAGAAGGUGUUUCAGGGAUGUGGGCAGCCCAAGCCCAACAUGGCAUUCCGCACCCGGCGCUCUACUAAAGACUCAGGCUUCCCCGGGCGUUUCCGACCCUACAGCCCUGAUGCCAGACCCACCACUGCUGCUGGCACCAGCCUGGACCGACUGUUGACCGAUGUCAAGAAGAAACUGAAGCACGCCAAAAAGUUCUGGUCCACCCUGCCGGACACUGUGUGUGUUGGAGAACGGAUUGCCAUCGGUGAUGAAUGCUGGAAUGGUACAGCAAAAAGCAGGUACGACUCUGUCGUCAUAGGCAAUGGCUUAGCCAAUCAGGUGUCUAAUCCAGAUGUGGAAGUUGACAUCACUAAACCAGACAUGGUGAUUCGGCGGCAGAUAGCAGUGCUGAAGGAAAUGACCAGCCGGCUUAAGGCUGCUUACACUGGCACCGACAUCACAUUUGUCAAUGAAGAUGCCGGCAGUGGAGAGGAAAGCGGAAGUGGCUGUGACUCGCCCCCUUGCGACAGUGACGGGGACAUCUACUUCUCCACCCCAGCACCCGCUAAACCUCGCAUUAUCAAGAUUCAAUCUGACAAACAGCCCUCUAGUGGUACACGGUUGGCACCUUUCAGCCUGGCGCUGGCUGUGACGGCACUCCUGCUCGCCCUGCUCACCCCACACACGAGAUAAGACCGGCCAAGAGAGGAACAGGAUGUGUGUUUGUACGAAUUUGAACAAGAGAGCAGAAAACUGCCAUAGGACAUUAAAGACACUGCUUUCAGGAUCUCCGUCUGCCUGCCAUCUGGGGAAGACAGUCGAGUUAUUAAUAUUCAAAUAACUUCCCUUCAGUGUAUUUUUUGUGUUUAUAAGAACGGACUUCAUUUAUGUACAGCUAUAUGUUUCCAUACAGCAUUUCACGUCAGCUGGGUUUUAGUCCUUCGUGUCUGUAGUGUCCAGAAUCAUUGACGACGACUCAUGAUUUUUUCGGUUAUGGUUUAAAUAAGUGUUAGUUUGAAAGUAAGUCAGAUUGAGUGUGUGUUUGGGUGGAUGAGUGUACGAUUGGCUGUAUAUAUCAUCCGAGCGCUUUUUAUAAAACGUAAACAAUUAAUCAACCCAUAUAACACGUAUGAUUUAAGCAAAUCUGUAUGAAGUACUCAAAUUUUUUUUUUUAUACAUUUUGAGCAUGUGUGUUGGUGUGCAUGGAGGCUUUGGUUGGCUGCAGAUCAUAUAUAUGUUCUUGAAUUUUAGAAGAUGAUAAAAACUUCACGAUGCCUUAAAUACUUCAUAAAUGGGCAUUUCAUCUGGGUUGCGACUGACAAAAAUGUAUACAAUGCUGCCUUGUGAGUGAAAUCAAAACUAGAGGAUUCCAGACACAAAGUGUUUUUUUUUUCUUUUCUUUUCUGUAUGUUUCCAACUUUCACAGCCCCUGUAUCAUCAUCCCAAAUAUUUUCAGCAGUAUAAUAUAUAACUUGAGAAUAUAGUCUUCAGUAUGUGUGUGUGAUGAAGAAGGAGCUUUGGUUAGGUAAGGUCUGUCUGAAAGUUGAUACUUUGAAUAGGCCUCGAUGGUUCCCUCAAAGAUGAUCAUGUAUUUUGCAUGAUGUGGACUGUGUGGCCAGAGUAAAGUUGUUUUUUACUGGACAUUUCAAGGAGAACCAGCUGGAUACGAGUGUAUGCUGAAGAUGGCUUAAGGCUGAGCUGUCUGGAGGAAUUUUACACAGGGUUUUAUGUGGAGGUGUUUAUUUUGCUUGAAGUGUACUGUAAGGUAUAAAACUGUAUGAUAGGUACUACAGCAGAUUUCACUACACAGUGACAGACGGUGCUGAUUUGAGAGGUUGGGUGGCCUCUUUUAGUUUUUGUUUCUUUCAUUUCUGUCUGUAACCUAAAAUGUCCAGCCUUUUCCCCAUACCCGAUUGAUAUCCAUAGAAUUCGGUACACAUUUUAAAACCUUUCCUCAUAUAGAGCAAUAGACAGUGUGUGUGUGGUACGUUACAACACCAGUUUCAAAAGUGGCUAUGCAUGCGAGUUCCCAUUCAGAUGGCUGACAAGUGCUUGUUGGUUGGUUUAAAAGAAAAUCUCUCUCGGUCUCCAGGGCUUUCCACCCACCUCUCAGAAAAACUAGCUCCCCUCGCUCUUGUACAGUAAGUUAUUUAACCACAUGUCUCUUUGAAAGGCAUUCGCAAGCAUCGCUUUCCUAGGUAUCUUAAUUUCAGUCUUCACAAUAUUUAUGUCUGUUGAUGAAUGAAUUCACAAUUUAACCGAUGGUUUUAUUUUGGCUUCAGAUUUCAUGUUACAUAAUAUUUAGAUUUUGUAAACCGAGCUACCGUAAGCAUUUUUGUCGUUACAGUUUUAUGUAAGGGGAUUGUGAAAAUUGUACAAGCUGAUGCAAGGACAGGGCUGGCCAUCGGUCCUUGAUCGUUCCUGAUGUCACAUGCACUUUUAAUUGGCAUUCAGAUACCUCACAGCAAGAGAGUUUUAAAUGAUGCUUUUAAUCGUAUCUGCAACAUGCAUACUUUUUACGUUAAUUUUUAUUCAUUUGAGGUUCAUUCAGUAUCUAUGGAUGAAUGGCCAGUCCUCAGACAUGGAAAAGAAUCGUCAGGGUUUCAUGAGCCUGAAAUGAGUAGAUCUCUACAGCAGCACCUCAGAUUGAUUAUGUAUUUUUCUAGUCUGAUGUGCUGCAACGAAUAGAAAGCAAUAUGUGUUUUCUGUACAUUUGACCCAAAGCUUCCCACUGUCACAUGUUAAGAUGGCUCUGAUGUAAUGACCAGGAAAGGAAGUGUCUUGUGCUUAGUAUGUCAAGCUACUCCGAGUCAGUGUGAAGAUGACAUGGACUCUUGAAUGAACCUCUGCAAUGUCAUCUUUAGAUUGAUUGCUGACCUUGAGUUGGACAGAUCGCAGGGCCUGCAGCCCUGUACAUCAAUGGAGUCAUCUGUGAUGAGGAGUGAGAGACGCUGAAGAAAGAAAAAAACAAAUUGUAAAUAAUCAGCAGUCAUUUUAGUGGUCUCUGAGAGAUGUUCAUCAGAUUUUACCCAUUCAGAGUGUGUGCUUAAUAUGGGCGAAACAAAGAGAUAGAUGCUAAAAAUGUAAGAGAGAAGUUAUAUUAAACAUUUCUUAGUCUUGUUGAAAUAAAGACUGCAGAUAUUU